AUGUGGCAAGAGCCGUCCUCCUCCUACGGUCAGGCACCAGCUCAGAGCUACGGCUACGCGGCCCAGCCAGCCGAGCCGCUGCAAUUCUACAACGAGAACUCGUCCUUCUACGACUCGCGCACGGGACUCUCAGGCAGCGUCGGCGCAGGCGGCGCGAUCCCCACGCAGCCCGGCGCACAGGGUUAUAUUCAGCCUGUCGGACCUUGGUGGACGGCAUUUGGGACUGGCGGAUUCGAGGGCGAGCCUCCGUUAUUGGAAGAGCUCGGGAUCAACUUUGGACACAUACGAGCGAAGAGCAUGGCCGUGCUCAACCCGCUUGGACGAGUAGACGCAAAUAUUAUGGACGACGCUGACUUGGCGGGGCCGAUCAUUAUAUGCUUCUUGUUUGCGAUGGGCUUGCUCUUCUCAGGGAAACCUCAGUUCGGGUACAUCUACGGCUUGGCCCUACUAGGUUCUAUGUCUAUAUACACCCUCCUCAAUCUCAUGUCCCAGAAAGGCAUCGACGCAUACCGUACCGGGUCUGUCCUGGGGUAUUGUCUCCUGCCCAUGGUCGCCGUGGCCCUGCUAUCCAUCCCUCUACAACUGCAUGGUUACCUCGGCUACUUCCUCUCCUCCCUCUCCAUCGCCUGGUGUACAUGGUCCGCAUCGGGCAUCUUCGUCGCGGUGCUGCAGAUGUCCGACCAGCGCUUCCUUGUCGCGUACCCCGUCGGCUUGCUGUAUGGCUGCUUCGCUCUGCUCUCCAUCUUUAAUGUCGGUAUCGGCGGCCCUGGAUCGAAGUAG